AUGGCCUCUUCACUCGCUCGUGGUAUCCUCGCCAGGCGCUUCCACGUCUCAGCCUCUCGUCAUGCUCUCUCCAAGUUCGCCAUGCCUGCCAUGAGCCCUACCAUGACGGAAGGCGGUAUCGCAUCAUGGAAGAAGAAGGAGGGCGAGACGUUCGCGGCGGGUGACGUUCUCCUGGAGAUUGAAACCGACAAGGCUACCAUCGACGUUGAGGCCCAGGACGACGGUGUUCUUGCCAAGAUUCUUGCCAGCGAUGGCGCUAAGAACAUCUCUGUUGGGGCCACCAUUGCUAUCAUAGGCGAGGAGGGCGAUGACCUCUCUGCCGCCGUGCAAAUGGCGUCCGAUGCUGCUUCCGAGCAAUCUUCUGAGCCUAAGGAGAAGGCUUCGGAGCCCGCCCCGAAGCCCACCUCGUCGAGGUCUGCCGAAACUCCCAAGCAGGAGACCAAAGCAGAGCUUCCGAAGGAUUGCCUCGAGCGCGGCAUCCCUCUGGCCAAGGUGAAGGGCACUGGCCCUGAGGGCAGGAUCCUCAGGGAAGACGUCGAGAAGUUCCAGGGCGUUCCUGCCGCUUCCUCUGCUGCUGCUCAGCCAGCAGCUGCCCUCUCGGACUACGUCGACACGCCCAUCACCAACAUGCGUCGCACCAUCGGGGCACGUCUCACACAAUCGAAGCAGGAGCUCCCUCACUAUUACCUUACCGUCGACAUAAACAUGGACAAGGUGUUCAAGCUCCGCCAGGUCUUCAACAAGACUCUUGGUGAGAAGGACAAGGCGGCGAAGCUGUCAGUCAACGACUUUGUGCUCAAGGCAGUUGCAUGUGCUCUUGGAGACGUCCCGGAAGCCAACUCAGCGUGGAUGGGCGAGGUCAUCCGGCAAUACUCGAAGGCCGACAUCUCGGUCGCCGUUGCUACACCAACCGGUCUCAUCACGCCCAUCAUCAAGGAUGUUGGCUCUAAGGGUCUUGCGUCAAUAUCCUCGGAGGGUAAGGCACUUGCUAAGAAGGCUCGCGAUGGCAAACUCCAGCCUCAAGAAUACCAGGGCGGCACUUUCACGGUCUCCAACCUCGGAAUGUUCGGCAUCUCGCACUUCACCGCAAUCAUCAACCCUCCUCAGUCAUGUAUCCUCGCGGUUGGUGCCACGCAGCCAACUCUCGUGCCCGCGCCUGAGGAGGAGCGCGGAUUCAAGACGGCCCAGAUCAUGAAGGUCACGCUCAGCGCAGACCACCGCACGGUCGACGGCGCGGUUGGCGCGCGCUGGCUGGCGGCGUUCAAGGGUUACCUCGAGAACCCUCUCACGUUCAUGCUCUGA